AUGCAAUUUUAGUCUUUAGAGCAGUUUUAAAAAUCUAACUUAUCUAGCCACUCUAAUCUGCAACUUUGUUUAAGUUCUUAGAUGAUGGGAUAGCAAGGAGCGUACUAACUUAGAUAAGCAAUUGAAUAGUGCAAUAAUGUUAAUAGUUUAGAUAUAUAGCUAAGUAAAAAUUGGAUAAAAGCUGAAGGAGUCUCUCAUUUAGGAAAAGGAUUAUCAAAAUGCAUUUAAAUUAUAAAUUUAAAUCUUGAUUUAGAUUCGAACAAUAUUGGUGCCAAUGGAGUAUAAAAACUAUUUGAUGGUAUUAAACAUUGCUCUAAACUUUAGAAUUUAAGUUUAGCUUUGGAGUGUAAUUACAUUGGCUCAAAUGGUUUAAAAUACUUAGGAAGUGGAUUGAGCUUAUGUUAAAAUAUUUCAAUACUCUCUAUAAACCUUUAUGAUAAUGCUAUAUUAAGUGAAGGAGUUAAUUAUUUAGUUGAGUCAAUUAUUAAAUGUUAAAAUCUGAAUAAUUUAGUUCUCUCUUUUGUAUAUAAUAACAUUGGAAACAAAGGAGCUUCAAACUUGAUAUAGGGACUAUCUUAACUCAUCAACCUUUCUCAAUUAAAGUUAAGUUUAGGCUCUACUUGGAUUUUUACAGAUGUUAACUCUGAAUUCGGUUUAGCAUUUAAAUAAUUCAAAAAUCUUUCUAAAUUAGUUCUUAACUUAGACUCAAAUAAAAUUGAAAAUCAAGAAAUUUGCAAUUUAGCUGAAGGGUUGGCUUAAUGUUAAGAUCUAUAAAACGUUAUCUUAGAUUUAAGUCGAAACGAUUUGAAGGAAGAGUGGCUAAAUAAUUUUGGAACAAAACUCAAGAAUAAUUAAAAUAUUAAAAUAUUUGAUUUUAUCAUUGUGUAUAAUUAAAAAGUAAACAAUAAAUUUUAAUUGCUUUCAAAGCUAAGGAAAAUGAAAAGGCUUGUAAAAUUAUAUUAUAAAAUAUGA